UUUUUUCCUCUUUUAUUAAUUUUAGUUCCAAAAAUGUCUUUAUUUGCAAAAUUAUUUCGUUACUCAAAAUUUGUUGAGCUUGGCUCUGUUAAUGGACAAAAAAUUGUUGGACGUGUAGUGCAUAGAGUUAAUGAUGAUUUAUAUAUUGAUUUUGGGUGUAAAUUUAAUGCUGUUUGUAAAAGGCCUAAAAAGGAUUCUGAAAAAUAUGUUAUUGGCUCUAAUGUUUUAAUUAGAAUUUUUGAUACAGAAUUGAGCGAACGCUUUCUUGGAUCCAAAAAUGAUUUAACACUUCUUGAGGCAGACGCAAUAAUUAUCGGACUUUAUUCGCCAAAAAAUAUAGCUGGGAAAACAUAUAGGGGAACAAAUACUUAUUCAGAAAAAGGAGUUUUUAAACAAAAGACAGUAGCAGAGAAUUUAUAG